UCAAACGGUUAGGUCGCGUGGCUUAGCAACAUUGAAUGACGCAUGGGCCGCCAAUGACGACCGCAGCCUUGCAAAAGAUCCUGCAUGUCUCGACAGAACUCGUAACAUGAAACUUUGACAGCUGUGGGGUCGAUAUCAUUCCUGAACGAGUGCGGAACGUUCGGUGAACAAUAGGAGCCCUUUCUUCCUGUCCUUGCUGGGAAUCAACACUCACGGCUCUUUCUCGCCACGACCCUAGUACAGCUGCCAAACAGCAAAGCCAAACCGCCAGGGGAGCCCUGACGAGUGCGUGAGUACGGAUCAAGAUGAAGCAAUCAGAAACAAAACGAAAGUGCUUAUCCAGCGAACCUCUGAUCGCCGGAGGCCACCAAGGCAAUGCGAAAUUAUCCAAACCACCAAAAGUAGAGAAUUUACAUGAGCGGCCUCGAAACCGACUCCAAAAGCAAGGUUAUGCGAUUCCUUCGAUGUUAACACCGUACCCUGCUCACCUUGGCUUUACAACACCCACUGCAACGCUCUACGUACUCGAGUACGAACCAUACCCGUACAACACUCUCCCAAGCGAAUUCCUGGGCGUUUAUCUAACAGUCGACUCCGUGACAGCUGGAGCCGUCGCACAUGGCGCAUACACAUUUUCAAGAGAAGGAUUGCUAGAUGGAAGUGAGUAUCUGAAUCCAACAGGGCGCAUCAAGAUUCAGUCUCAGCUGGUCCAGCAAUCCGGCACAGAUGCUCAAGUGUCAAUCCGCAGCCACAGCCUCGAUGAGAGACCAGCCAGAGAGGACGGACUCGUCAGAUCGGACAUACCACACCCCGACUAUCGCUCCAACACACUGAGCAAGACCGCCAGACCGGACGUAGCACAUCCCGGAGCCCAAAGUAUGACAAGCUUGAAGAUUGUCAGCAAACCGAAAGAUACUGUGUAUCUAGCCAUUCGACGGGGACCUACUGCAGCGCAUUGCUUGGGGGUGUAUGCAAGGCCGAGUCUUGCAUGGGGCGCAUGCUUGAAGAACAAAGCAAGCUGUGCAAUAUCGGGCACGUUGAGCGAAGAAAGCAGGGAUGUCGAUGCAGAUGGGAUGCCACGAGCCACUGCUAGACUGCAUGGGUGUGGACAGCAUAUGUGGUUCGUUGUCGCAAAGGAGGUGGAUGCAACCGCUCGAUAAGAGAAGUCAAGACUAUGCCGCAGUGCAUCAGGGUUCAAUGACAAGAGCCAUCCUUACCCACAUAUCGUGGCCAGGAUCUGGCUACACCGUGGACCUCGAAGCCCACCGAGGUCAAUCUCCGCACUCAGUCUCC